CGGGCCUACCGCGGGAGCCUGAGGGAAGCCGUGCAUUCCGUUCCAAGGCGUCUGUGAGCCCGCGUAGUAUACGCCAUGAGCAAAGCUCACCCUCCCGAGUUGAAAAAAUUUAUGGACAAGAAGUUAUCGUUGAAAUUAAAUGGUGGUAGACAUGUCCAAGGAAUAUUGCGGGGAUUUGAUCCCUUUAUGAACCUUGUGAUAGAUGAAUGUGUGGAGAUGGCGACUAGUGGGCAACAGAACAAUAUUGGAAUGGUGGUAAUACGAGGAAAUAGUAUCAUCAUGUUAGAAGCCUUGGAACGAGUAUAA